CCCCGCCGGCCCGGGCCCCGCCCCGCGCGGCGCGCCCCCACCCCCGCGGCGCCGCAGCAGCCCCCGCGCGCAUAUAGGCUCGUCCGCCGCACUCCCCGCGCCGCCGCCGCCUCCUCCAGGCAUGGCACAGGGCUCUACCUCACUAUGGCAGCAGCGCGGCACAGUACCCUGGACUUCCUGCUCGGCGCCACAGUUGAUUGCAAUGCCGUUCUUAAAGCUCUACAGCCCAUUUUUCAGGAGCAGGGAAUGACAGAAACAGUUCAUAACUGGGAAGACCAUGGCUAUUUAGCAACGUACAUCAAAAAAAAUGGCAGCUUUGCCAAUUUGAGAAUUCACCCUCAUGGAUUAGUGUUGGUGGAUCUGCAGAGUUACAAUGAUCAUAUGAAAGGAAGAGAGGAAGUUGAUCAGCUUCUAAACAAAGUAGAAGAAAGAAUGCAAGAGUUGUUUCAUGGUAAUAUAAAAAGGGUGAAACGAUUGCCAGCCAUUUUGAGAGGAGGUGUCAUUGAUAGAUACUGGCCCACUGCUGAUGGGCGCCUGGUGGAGUAUGACAUAGAUGAAGUUGUUUAUGAUGAAGAUUCACCUUUUCAGAAUAUUAAAAUUCUGCAUUCAAAACAGUUUGGGAAUAUUCUUAUCCUCAGUGGGGAUGUUAAUCUGGCAGAGAGUGACCUGGCAUAUACUCAAGCCAUAAUGGGCAGUGGAAAGGAAGACUAUGCUGGGAAAGAAGUGCUAAUCCUGGGAGGUGGUGAUGGAGGUAUACUGUAUGAGAUAGUCAAACUGAAGCCAAAGAUGGUUACUAUGGUAGAGAUUGACCAAAUGGUGAUCGACGGGUGUAAAAAAUACAUGCGUAAAACAUGUGGAGAUGUUUUAGACAAUCUGAAAGGAGAGUGCUAUCAGGUUCUAAUUGAAGACUGUAUUCCUGUACUGAAGAGGUAUGCCAAAGAAGGAAGGAUGUUUGAUUAUGUAAUUAAUGAUCUGACGGCUGUUCCAAUCUCCACAUCUCCAGAAGAAGAUUCCACAUGGGAGUUUCUGCGGUUGAUUCUUGACCUCUCAAUGAAAGUCCUGAAACAAGAUGGAAAAUACUUCACACAGGGAAACUGUAUCAAUCUGACGGAUGCCUUGACUCUGUAUGAAGAACAGCUUAGCAGGCUUUAUUGUCCUGUGGAGUUUUCGAAAGAAACUGUGUGUGUUCCCUCCUACAUGGAAUUAUGGGUAUUCUACACUAUUUGGAAGAAACCAACUGACAUCUGAACAUAGAGAUUAUUAGAGAUUAUCCUAAAUGUACAAGCUGCAUGGAGCAUAUAGGCCUGCCACAUGCUGCAUAUUGGCAUCUUGAACCUUUAAAUUAUAUGCUGUAGAUGAUCCUGAAACUUAGUCAUGCUAUUGAUUGUGAAUUCUUUAAAUGUUUUUUAUUAUUAUUUUAAUUUAAAAGCAAAUGGAAAAUGUAUAUUUUGAUGAGCUAGGCUGUUAUUUUUGAAAGUCAACUUAAAGAUGAAUAGGCAGCAAAACUGUAUAGCUGCUGAAUGCACUGAACCUUUAGAAUGUGAUCCUUUUUAUUUUUUGUAGAUCUUCACAAACUGAUUAAAAAAGACAUCUUUAGCAUUUCAUCCCUGAA